UUCAGAAAACACGUCUUACAGUUUAAAUUGAAACAGUAUUACCUUUUUUUCAAUUACUAUUUGUUUUGAAUUUCUUAAUUCUAGAGAAACCUCCACAGUGCGGAAAGUUUUACCCGCAGAAAAAAAUAUUUCGCAAAAGACUGGACAAAUAUUGACAAGUUACCCCAAGAAACGACAUGGAUUUUAAAAUUCUGUUACGUCAAACCUGCAUUUCGCCACUCAAUGUAGUGGUCAAUACCUAACCGACAACAGAAAUGGGUUGUUCUUCUAGUACAGAAGUUAGGGCUGUUUCUCCAACGACCAACAACACCAGCACUAGUCGCGUUCACCAUCAACCUCAUUUACAGCAAUUCCAGCAGCAGCAACAUUACGAAAGCCAACCUCAAAAUCACAAACAAGAAAAUCACGAAAGUCAACGCCAAGACUCUCAACCAAAGCAUAAUGAAAAUCAACAACAGCAGAUACUAGUAAGCCACAAUGCACAAAACCAAAACAAAGACCCUGCACCAGCGACUCAACCUCAGAAUCAGUUGACUAACACUGAAAAGAUCCAAAAUUCAAACGGACUUACUGAAGCGAAUGAGAAAAAUGACAAAGUCCAAAGCAAACCUUUCUUAAAAUACACAGCACCAUCACAGUCUCUUAAUGUAAACUCAGGUCUUGCAGUUGACAUGGAGGAUUACAAGGAUCUUGACUCGAGAAUAGCAAACUCAAAUGCCAUAUUGUCCAAGGAAGAGAGCAUUGAAAACACAAAGGCAAGACUAGCUUCGUAUGGAGAUUUCAAGGAGAGUUAUAAUAUUAGGGAACUUAGUGAGCACAAUGCAGAAAAAGAAUAUUUAGAGUUGUUUAGCUUCCAUGGUGAUGUUGUUUCGAUGCCAGCAUUAUUCGAUAUAUGUAGUCCGUAUAUUUUGGCUAUCGAAAGAACUAGAUUACUGGAAAAUGAGCCCGAUCUUCCAGAGUCUGAAUACUUUACGUCUGAGUUCCACCACUGGUUUGAAUCUCCUUACCCGGUGCCGUUUGCAAGCUUACUUCAUGAUGGACUUGACAGCAAAACGAUAUCACUGUGCAUGAGAAAGUGUCGGGUCAGUACUCUAAGGACAGGGAAGAAAGAGGAGGCUGAAGAUCUAAAGAUAGAUGCAAACGUUCUUCUAGAAGAGAUCUCACAAAACAUCCAGGAACCAACUCAAAAUCAAAUAGAAUACAAAGAUCAGCUUCAACGCGCAUGCAAACGGUUUGAGAUCACCCUCGCUUCUCAAGGGGAAACAGAAGAGCGCAGGACAUCAGGGGAUCCAAACGAACAAACGUUUCCAUUACCUGAUGUUUUCCUAAAGAAUCCCAAAUUUAUACGACAGUGGAUUGAGAAUUGGCAAACAAUGGACACUGCAGUGGGACCGGGAGAUGGAUGGAACUUCAGUUUGAAACAGUGGGAAGUGUUCGAAAAGGGUAGCGAUGAAAUGAAAAUUGACGACACAAAGCUACACAGGACAGAGCUUGAUAACGAACCAGCACUCGAUCUCUCUAUUGACGGAGAAGCCGGCUGGGAGGUGAUUCCAGUGGAUAUCGUCAAAAAUGACGUCACAACUGCACAACAGGAAGAAACAUGGAAGGCUAGAGAAAAUCGGAAGGACUUGAACGACCCAGAGCGCAUGGCAAAACGAAGAUUAGCCAUUGAAGCGUACUUUAAGAAGAAGUACGAAACACAGUUUUCUUGGGCUUCCCAGAGAGUAGAAGAAUUCAGAGAUUUUGCUGACAAUUUAGUAAAAGCAGAAAAGGAGUUUCAGGUCCUAUGUGAGGAGAGCUAA